AUGAGUGCCGCAGAUUUGGAAGUGGAUAGGCAGAUCACAAAGUUGAUCAAGAAACUUGUGAAAGUUUCUUUCAUAAAAGACAUGCUGCAAACCAAAUUUAUACUAGAAAAUCUUGAAGAGCUUGUGUCUCACCAUGGUGUAUCUGGAAAACAAUUGGGAACCUUGAUUAGUCUUGUUACUUUUUUGCAUGAUAAGGACGGAAAUAACCCAGCAAACAACAAAUUGUCAGUUAACCACAAGACAUUUAUCAUUAGCAAAUUGCUCCUACCAAGGUCGAAAAUCCUGAGCUCCCCGAUAGUUCAUAUAGUAGGAUGCUUUGGUGUUGACGAGUCCAAAAAAAAAUCCCUAAAGUCGUUUCCUGAUAAAAGAAUUCAGAUGGCAUUGGCCAAAUGGUUAGUUUGUGUGUCAUUUUUUCUAAAAAGUAGGACCAUACUUGCUAGAUUAAACGGGAUGCUAUUCAAUUUUCUAAGUUUGGACUUCUUGAGCCAAUGGAUUUCACAGCUAUUAUAUCUUCUGACUCAAAUAUCGCAUGUGAAGCCGUGGAAACUUCAAUUUCUCAAUAGCUUGAUCAAGCGCUCUCUAAGCUCUUCUCCUUUUCUAACAGCCUUAUUGAUUCACUAUGAAGCACUAGUUCCGAAUAAUAUCAAUGAUUUUGAUGGCUAUAAUAACAAUAACUAUCUGGACGCUGACGGAGAUGCUGAUUUUUUGAAUCAUUUUUCAAACAAUGCCCCGGUGAUAAGUUCAACGAAGAUUUUCACUUAUCCAGACAAAACUUUUCUCAACAAAUGGAAAAAAAUAGUAGAAGCCAGCUCUAGUGAGCUUUCUUAUUCCUGGUUCAAGGUGGCAGUUUAUGAAUACUUCGGAAACUUGGCCGACUUUGAAGAGAGAUUGUCUAUAAAUAAGAAGAGAAAAUCCAUUGGUGGAAGUGACGAUUACCUUUACAACAAUUUCUUCAAAAUAAGCCAAGUAGUCAAAGUCAUGAAUCACGAUAAUCCAAUAAAUGAAAGUUGCUGUUUUAAAGAAAUAAUUUGGAAUGACAUAAACACAGCCUCCAAAUUCUUGAAAGUUUUCGACUUUUUGCACGUUCCAGAUCAGCUCAAUGUGAUUUUUAAAAAUGAUUUAUUCUACCAGCUAUUGAUAGUAAACAUUUUAUCGGAUAAUGGAGAUACUGAUGGCUUGGAAAAACUAGAUUCGUAUAUUGACUUACUCUUGAGUAAUCCUACUCAUAAUCUUUCAGAAGUCAAAUUAGUGUUAGCUGGAUGUGAAACUUACUCCAAGAUAAAUGGGUUUCUUUUACCCUCAAUUGUUAAGCUUCUCAAUCUCGAAUAUCCCGGCUGCUCUCAAUACGCUUGGAUCUUCUUCCCAUUUUUGACCAUGCCGUCUGAAAUUUCACAGGAAAAUGACUUUACCACUGAGUUAUGCUUGAAGUACGAAGAAAUUUUUGUUAGUAGUGACGAUAUACAAUGGUGCGUGUCAUUUUUGAAUAGUGUUAUAGGAUUAUUAAGAAAGUGGCAAUAUAACCAAGAUGAUGAGCAUUAUGGCUGGGUGUAUGUCUCUAAAAUCUAUGAGAGAUUCCUUUCACAUAUUUUAUUCAAUAUGAAUAAAUUCAAGGAUUCCCCCAGAUUUAUUGAAUUCUGUUAUUCUUCUUGUGAAUUUAUUGGAUUUCUUGAAGAUAUGCCAGUGAGCAACAAUACAUUCAAGAUUGUUUCUCCGUUCCUUAUUUACAGGCUUUUGCUUUCUCAAGAACCGAACUUGGUGAAUUUUGCGUGCCAUCACAUUAAUUUCCUUAAAAAUUAUCCAUUGUCGCAAAUCGUUGAUGAACUUCAAGAAAAUAGCGAUUUUGAUGAGCAAGAUUACUUCAAGACCUCGAUUGAAAUUAGAAACUCAUUUGUGCUAGAUUUUUGUAAUUUGCUUUGGAGGGACAGGCUGUUUAAUAAUUCUAAAUCUAAUACUAAAGGGUUAUUAGUACCGAAAGAUUUCAUACAGAAAAUUCAGACCGCAGGAGAUAUUCAUUGGUUCAAUUUGGUCAGCCACAACACUGCUUUUGCUCGUGAAGUUUCAACAUUAAUAAAAGGUCUUAUGGGCGAAAAUAAAAAGCCACAGGAUAUCAGAGAGCCUAUCACUCCAAAAGUAUUUGAUAAGCUCUUCAAAUAUCAAGGGGCAUCUACGCCUCAUUUUGAAUCCUUUGAUGAUCUUCGGGUGCAAAUAUUAGAAAGAUUAGAGGGCUUAGGAUAUGAUCAAGUGGCCAAAUUAUUAUGGACAUCGUUGAAGAGUCUCGCAACUAGGAGACAUCCUACUGAAGACUGA